GCGGGCGGCAGAACAAGAACAACGCGUACGUCCACCAGCCAGAACAACCUAUAAAUUUCCAAACGCGGCACGCCACAAAGUCCGCCCGUCCGCAAAUCCCUCGUCUAGUCUGCUGUGCCAUCUGUUGUACCACGACUAAACCACAGCUCCACCGUCAGGUCUUCUUCCCCUUUCGUGUCCUCUCCUGCGCGCGCACCGACAAGUGAACGAGCGAGCGAGCGAGCAUCAUGGACAUGGAGGCGGCCGCGAUCUCCGGGACCGCCAGCGCGUCGUCGUCCACGUCGCGGCGCGGCAGGAGCAUCUCCCGCCUGCCAGCGCGCGUCGCCGGCGCGGUGAUCCGCGGCCUGGUCACCUUCGUCUUCGCGGCAGUGGGCAUGGUCCUCGGGGCCGUCACGGGCGCGCUGAUCGGGCUCGCCACGGAGAGCGGCCUGGUGCGCGGCGCCGGCAUCGGGUCCAUCUCCGGCGCCGUCGUGUCCAUGGAAGUUGUCGAUUCCUCCGUCGCCAUCUGGCGCUCCGACGAGUCCGGGAUCUGGAGCGUCCUAUACGUGCUCGAUGUCCUCUGGAGCCUGCUGACCGGCCGCCUGGUGCGAGAGAAGGUGGACCCGGCCGUGCAAAGCGCCGUCGACAGUCAGAUGAACACCGCGGACUCGCAGGACAUGGCGCCGACACUGGCGGACAUGUUCGAGACGGGCGCCGCCGACGCCAAGGGCAUGCCGGCCGCCGCCGUCGCGGCGCUCCCCAUCAUGGCCUUCACCGAGCACACCGUCGCCGACGCCUCCGGGGAGCCCAUCGGCUGCUCCGUCUGCCUUCAGGACUUCGAGGCAGGCGAGACGGCGCGGAGCUUGCCGGAGUGCGGGCACACGUUCCACCUGCCGUGCAUCGACGUCUGGCUGCUCCGGCACGCCUCGUGCCCACUGUGUCGUCGCGCGGUCUAAGCCGGUGCGCACACUUUUCGUUAGGAUGUCUUUGGGCAACCGUGAGCCGAUGCGCGUGCACACGUGUCCCAGACCAGGAGCAGAGUAUUGUAGGGUAGUAGGAGUGCAGGACACCUGGUUCUUUCUUGCAUACCUUGAUUAUUUUUUUCUUCUUUUUUCUACGUCUUGGGCACGCAUGUACAGAUACAGUACGUGGCUCACAUUGUCUCACACACUAUGUGGAUGUAAAUAUGUAUAGGGUAAAUGUUGUAAACAAUGUAAUAUACUUGUACAUUGAGAUUUCUUUCCAAUGAUCGUGGCAUAAUACGAAUAAUGUACUUGUUCACACUUAAAAUUCUCUACGAUAGAGAGUAUUCGAUACAA